UUUGUGGCAGAUGAAUACAUUGAACGCUUGGCAUGGAGAACACCUGGAGGAGGUUCCAGAGGUGGAGAAGCUUUUGAUCCCAAAAGAUUAUUGGAAGAAUUUGUAAAUCAUAUCCAAGAAUUACAGGUAAUGGAUGAAAGGAUUCAAAGAAAGGUGGAGAAACUAGAACAGCAAUGCCAGAAGGAAGCAAAGGAAUUUGCCAAGAAGGUGCAAGAGCUGCAGAAAAGCAACCAGGUUGCCUUCCAACAUUUCCAAGAACUAGAUGAGCACAUCAGCUAUGUAGCAACUAAGGUCUGUCACCUUGGCGACCAACUGGAGGGGGUAAACACGCCACGGCAACGGGCUGUGGAGGCUCAGAAGCUGAUGAAAUACUUUAAUGAGUUUCUGGAUGGAGAGCUGAAGUCUGAUGUUUUUACAAACUCUGAAAAGAUUAAAGAGGCAGCUGACAUUAUUCAGAAACUGCAUUUGAUUGCCCAGGAACUGCCUUUCGACAGGUUUUCUGAAGUAAAAUCAAAGAUAGCAAGUAAGUACCACGAUUUAGAGUGCCAGUUAAUUCAAGAGUUUACCAGUGCACAGCGGAGAGGCGAAAUCUCCAGAAUGAGAGAAGUAGCAGCAGUUUUGCUUCAUUUUAAGGGCUAUUCCCAUUGCGUCGAUGUGUACAUAAAACAGUGUCAAGAGGGUGCAUUCCUGAGGAAUGAUGUCUUUGAAGAUGCAGCCAUUCUCUGCCAGCGAGUGAAUAAGCAAGUUGGAGAAAUCUUUAGCAAUCCAGAGACUGUGCUAGCCAAACUCAUUCAAAAUAUCUUUGAAGUUAAACUUCAGAGUUAUGUGAAGGACCAGCUAGAAGAACACAGGAAAUCAGAUGCAGAACAGUAUCUUAAGAAUCUCUAUGAUCUAUAUACAAGAACCACUAAUCUGUCAAGCAAAUUGAUGGAGUUUAACUUGGGUACUGAUAAGCAGACUUUCUUGUCUAAGCUUAUCAAAUCCAUUUUCAUUUCCUACUUGGAGAAUUACAUUGAGGUGGAAAUUGGCUAUUUGAAAAGUCGGAGUGCAAUGAUUCUGCAACGCUACUAUGAUUCCAAAAACCACCAGAAGAGGUCCAUUGGCACUGGAGGGAUCCAGAUCCACAAAAGGACUGAAGCAAAACUAAGUAUUCAAGACCUCAAGGAGAGACUAAGGCAACGAACAAACUUACCAUUGGGGCCAAGUAUUGACACACAUGGAGAAACUUUUCUGUCACAAGAAGUGGUGGUUAACCUUUUGCAAGAAACCAAACAAGCUUUUGAAAGAUGUCACAGGCUCUCUGAUCCCUCUGACUUACCCAAGAAUGCUUUCAGAAUUUUUUCUAUGCUUGUAGAGUCCUUAUGUACUGAGCACAUCGAUUAUGCAUUAGAAACAGGCCUUGCUGGCAUUCCCUCUUCUGAUUCAAGGAAUGCAAAUCUUUAUUUCUUGGAUGUUGUCCACCAGGCCAAUACUAUUUUCCAUUUAUUUGACAAGCAGUUCAAUGAUCAUCUGAUGCCAUUAAUCAGUUCUUCUCCUAAAUUAUCUGAAUGCCUUCAGAAGAAAAAGGAUAUCAUAGAACAGAUGGAGGUGAAGCUGGAUAUGGGCAUUGAUAGGACACUGAAUUGUAUGAUUGGACAGAUGAAGCACAUCUUGGCUGCAGAGCAAAAGAAGACAGAUUUUAAACCAGAAGAUGAGAACAAUGUUUUGAUUCAAUAUACUAAUGCUUGUGUUAAAGUCUGUGGCUAUGUUAGGAAACAGGUGGAGAAGAUCAGAAAUUCCAUGGAUGGUAAGAACGUGGACACAGUUCUGAUGGAGCUUGGAGUUCGUUUUCAUCGCCUGAUCUAUGAACACCUGCAGCAAUAUUCCUACAGUUGCAUGGGAGGCAUGUUAGCCAUUUGUGAUGUGGCUGAGUACAGGAAGUGUGCCAAAGACUUCAAGAUUGCGUUGGUGUUACAGCUCUUUGAUACCUUGCAUGCACUUUGCAAUCUUCUGGUUGUAGCCCCAGAUAAUUUAAAGCAAGUUUGCUCAGGAGAACAACUUGCUAAUCUGGACAAGAACAUCCUUCACUCCUUUGUUCAGCUGCGUGUGGAUUAUAGGUCUGCUCGUCUCGCUCGUCACUUCAGCUGAGAGCAUGGCAAGAAAUCUUGUACCUUGGGGCAGGCCUCAGUUGUUAGAAAGCACAGGGAAUGAUUCCUUACCAACCAUGGGUGUCACUUUGUGGUAAGGACUGUUCAGAUUAAAGCAGCAGCCAUACUUAGACCUGACAAUGUAGAAGGCAAGCAGGGGAAAAUCUGAAUGGUAUUUCAUGUGAGCUAAAGUUCUCCCAGUGAAGGAUUUCACAACUCUACUUGCCACUGAUAUUUUUAAUUGGAAACAUGUUGGUGUAGGAAAGCAAGUGGUGCAUUGAAAGUAUUUUAGUCUCCAAUAUUGAAUUAUCAGAUACCAUUUGUUAGACUUGAACUACAGAGCAUAGCGUAGGGAAUGGAUUACAUAGACUAGACCAGUGUAAAAACAUUCUUCAUCAAUUUUAAUGACUUAGACUUCAGCACAGCUAAUCAUAAUCAAAUUAUCUUUGAUUGGUGUUUCUAAGUCAUUUCUUUCAUUUAAAACGUUAUCCUGCUCAAUGUAAUUUCUUGCUCUAAUUAAUUAGCUUGGAAUUUCUUUGAGAUGUAGGAGGAAAAGCAACACUAUCCCAGAAAGAUGUAAAUUUAUUCAUUGUGUAGCUUUCUAAACACAACUAAAGUGGUGACAAGUUUUGGAUUAUUUUUUUUUUUUUUUUUUUAUUCUUUGGCUUUGUUGUUUUUUUGGGU